AUGGCAAUGGAGAUCACUGCUAUGGCUUCAUCAACAACAAGACCCUCUCUUCCAACUCCUUCCACCUUCACCAAGCCUCAACAUAGACGCCUCCACAACAUAUCGUUACCAACAUCAACCACCAUUUCACUACUCGCUCUUUUCACCCCUCCAAAUGAAGCUAGAGCUGCUGUUACAAUCUCCAAGGACCAAAUUCUUUCUUCUAUCACCCAAGUGGAGCAGACUAUUGAUCAGGUUCAGGUGCAGGCUGGUCAAGAGGCUCUGAAAAUUGCUUCACCGGCUUUCUCUGAGGCUUCCAGGAAGGCUCAAGAAGCACUUCAAAGUUCUGGUGUUGAUACCCAACCUGUUCUCACUGCUGCUAAGACAGUGUCAGAUGCUGCACAACAAACAACCAAAGUGAUUGAAGGUGCCAAGCCAAUAGCCUCAUCAACCUUGGACACUAUAACUUCUUCAGAUCCCACUGUGAUUGCUGGAACAGCUGGAGCACUAUUUGUUGCAUAUCUCUUGUUUCCUCCUAUCUGGUCUGUCAUCUCCUCCAACCUUCGCGGCUACAAAGGAGACUUGACGCCAGCUCAAACACUAGAUAUGUUAUGUACACAAAACUACAUCUUGGUUGAUGUAAGGACGGAGAAAGAUAAGGACAAGACCGGUAUUCCCCGCCUUCCGUCUAGUGCUAAAAACAAGAUGGUUGCCAUUCCAUUGGAAGACAUGCCAAGCAAGAUAAAAGGACUAGUGAGGAAUGUGAAGAGAGUGGAAGCUGAAAUAGCAGCAUUAAAGAUUUCAUAUCUAAAGAAAAUCAACAAAGGCUCCAACAUUGUGAUCUUGGACUCGUACUCAGACUCAGCAAAGAUAGUUGCAAGAACGCUAACGAGGCUUGGAUUUAAGAACUCAUGGACCGUUGGUGAUGGAUUUUCUGGAGGCAAAGGGUGGUUACAGAGUAGAUUAGGUGUUAAAAGUUUUGGAACAACCAGCAGGCAAUCUAGUCAGAAACUUCUUCCAGGAGCUGACUGA